AUGAAAGGGAAUGUGGACUGGGACUCUGACAACAACAUUUGUGACACAGAUAACCAGGAGCUUCCUGCAGAGUUGCACUGUGAAGACGAAGAAACCUUUGAGACCUAUCACCAGAAACGAGGUGAGGGUACAGCUGGGAUAUUUGUCCCCUCCAGUACCGACUUUGACCUGCAGUAUGAAGAUAAACCUUUAGAGCCCUGUUCUUCUGAGCGGUCCAAUAAACCAUGGAGAAGAAUGCAUGACGAUAAUGAAAAUACUGUUCUUGCUGCUGUGUUUGAUGAGGACCUGGAGCCUGUCUCUGAGGAAGCUUUGUCAUAUCGGUGCAAGAAGUGUGGUUCCUCUUUCCAGGGUAUGAAAGAGCUGCAGGAACAUAAGCGAACUCACCUUGUGGAAAACUCCUACCGAUGUCCCAUCUGUGCCAAAGAGUUCUUCCGUGCGGCAAAUUUGCGAAUGCACAAGCUCAUUCAUUCUAGUGACAGGCCACACAAAUGUCCAGAGUGUGACAAGGGUUUCAUUCGCACGGCUGAUGUCUGGAGGCACCUACGCAAUGAAGACGACUAUAAACCUUAUGCCUGUCCAACGUGCGGCAAAAGUUUUGAUAAGCCUAACCUGCUUUCCAAACACAAAGUGAUCCACCGACAAGACAAGCCCUAUAAGUGCGAGGAAUGUGGCAUGGCGUUCAUCCAGCUGCUCAGGCUGAAAAGACACCAGCAGACUCACUCUGGGGAGCGUCCCUUCUAUUGCGAGGAGUGUGGAGGGACGUUCACCCGGCUGGCAUCGCUCCACCGCCAUCACCGCAUUCAUACUGGGGAGAAGCCCUACUCUUGCAGUUACUGUGGUCAUUCCUUCACUGAGUCAGGUACUCUACGGAGGCAUGAGCGCACACACAAAUUGGAUAAAUCUUAG